AGGUUCAAUUUCUGCCGAAAACGGUCGAGUACGGUAUUACUCGAAAAUGCAAUUUGUGACUCGCCCCUAACUGAGGUCGAAACUUGUGCCCUCACUGGUGCCGAGGCCCAACCAAAUGAGUCUCUGAGUCAGGGGUCAAAUUUGAAACUGAGCAUCGCCUAGUUUUCGCUGUCCAGAAACGAGUUUCGAACAUAAAAACUUAGGCCACUUCAACAAAUUUCUGGGCCGAUUCUUUAGAAAGCGCCGGUAAUAGUAGGCAAACCUUGCCUAGAAUGGAUACGCAAUACAUCAUCCGCAAUACCUGCAGUGAUAGGGAUGGAUAAGCAGCCAGCCGCGAGAUCGUUUUAAUCACGAAUCUGGAUAGGUCAUACUACGGCUCUGAGAGCCGGGGGGUGUGUCUCGCUACUACUAGUAGUAGUACGACGAUCCCCUGCAUCAUGAUCCACGGGCGGUCCCAGCGCGUGUGAGCGCCCAAACUGCCAGGCGCCGCGGUCGUCCAGCAUCAAGUGCAACACGUGGUGCCGCAUCAAAUGCAAGACGCGGCGCAUCAUCAAAGGUUCAAAUGGAAGAAGGCGUCACACAAGCGCAUUGCGGGCCAGCAAAUGAAAAGGCUGUACUUUGUGUGCGCAUCGAAGCAAGCAACGGGCUGCAUGGCAAAGAAGAUCGAAGACCGCGUCGCUGGAGAGGCCAGGCACCGCCGCUCAAGCAGCUGCGUCAACUUGUCGAAGCAGCAUCAAGGCGCGGCCACCACCUCCAAGGCUGCCUUCAGGGCCGCUCCCUUUACAACAAGAGCAUCCAAUCCUACUGCGGGUGCUGCAGGCGCCGCUGCAUCUGCUGCUGCUUCUACCGCUGCGGCUGCCGGUGCCUCUACCACUGCGGCUGCUGCUGCGGCUGCUGCUGCGGCUGCUUUGGGAGGAUUGAAAGAGGGCGAUGUGGUUAACACUGUGGAGGAGAGGCCGCGUACUGAGAUGCGAGUGGUGGUGAGGACGACCUACCACGGCUCACAUAACCACCCGCCGCCAGCUCCCGAUGCUUCUAGAACGAACUUGAUUUGCUCCUCUUCGAGCUGCCCUGCUGCUGUGACCUGCGCCUCUGCUUCAACCUUCUCUCCGGUUACACCAGGUCAUUCUGUUUCAUCAUGGACGCCUGUGCCAGAAAGGCCUCCUGCUACUGCCUGCGCUCCUGCUACAGCCUGCGCUCCUUCUACAGCCUGUACUCCUGCUACAACCUGCAUUCCUGCUUCAAACUCUGUUCCUGCUACAGUCUGCGCACCUGUUACAUCCUUCACUCUUGUUACAUCGUUCACUGCUGCUGCAUCUUUCACUCGAGCAACAUCCUUCACUCCUAUGUCAUCCGUCACCGCUGCUACAACCUCCGCUCCUGCUACACCCUACACUCCUGCUACAACCUCUGCUCCUGCUUCAUCAUGCUCCCCUGCUACCCUUUCCCUUCCUGCUACAACCCGUGGCCCUGCUGCUGCUGCAAUCUGCGUUCCUGCCAUAACCUGCGCCCCUGCUACAACCAGCGCUCCUGCUCCUGCUACAGUUUCCGCUCCAGCUACGACUUUCACUCCUGCUAUGAGCCGUCCUCCUGCGGCACAUCACAUGCCGUUUGGAGACAGCAGCCCACCCUCAGCUCCCAGCAACGGAUGUGCCUCUUCAUCAGAUCUGCUGUAUGAUCCAAUUUCGGUGCCGUGUCUCCCCCCUACAAGUACUUCGCCUCCUCCUCCAUCUCCCUUCCCUCCGAUGCUCGACCCUGCAUUCCCCCGCCUGGCUUGUGUUGCGUCAAAUGGUCCCCAAUCUUCGCUGAAUCAAGGUACAAUUCAAGCUGGAACCUUGGUGUACACUCAGACAGCGCGAGCACGUGCUAUGGUUCGUGCUUCUACAGCCAUUACGGAUGGCGACCAGCACACUCCGAGCUUUAAUUGCCUGUCUCUGCAGGAGCACGGGUAUCAGCACCAGAAGCAGCAGCAGCAACAUCAGCAGCAUCAGCAUCAGCAGCAACAGCAGCAACAUCAGCAGCAACAGCAGCAGCAGCAUCAACAUCAGCAACAUCAACAACAGCAGCAGCAACACCAGCAGCAGCAGCAGCAGCAGCAGCAGCAGCAGCAGCAGCAGCAGCAGCAGCAGCAGCAGCAGCAGCAGCAGCAGCAGCAGCAGCAGCAGCAGCAGCAGCAGCAGCAGCAGCAGCAGCAGCAGCAGCAGCAGCAGCAGCAGCAGCAGCAGCAGCAUCAGCAACAUCAGCAACAUCAGCAGCAGCAUCAGCAGCAGCAGCAGCAGCAGCAGCAGCAUCAGCAGGAGCAGAAACAGCAGAAGCAGAAGCAGCAGCAGCAGCAGCAGCAGCAUCAGCAACAUCAGCAACAUCAGCAGCAUCAGCAGCAACAGCAGCAACAACAGCAACAGAAGCAGCAGCAGCAGCGGCAUCAGCAACAUCAGCAAAAUCAGGAGCAGCAGCAGCAGCCACGUCAAGUGCCUUCAUUUCUCCUCUGCGCGGAGCACCUCCCUCCCCUAGUGAAUGCACCCACCACCCAAGUAACCACCAGUGGCGUGACUACCACUGACACAACCACCACUGUUGUAACCAACACUGGCGUAACCGCCACUGACGUAACCACCAGUGGCGUAACCACCAGUGGCAUGAUCACGAGCUGCGUAACUACUACCAGGGUAACCAUGCAUGCACCUCAUGCCGCUCGACCUAAUGCAUACCCGCUCACUUCGGAGGCACUACCGCUGGCUGCAACCCCAGUGCUGCCUACUGCAGGUGCUGCUAGUACCGCACGUGGCUAUGAAACGACUUUUGGCUCGACUCAUAACUCAACUGCAGGGUUGUGCAAUGCAGAUACUACCAUUACCACACACGGCUAUGCCACUGGAACCGCCCCCGCUGCUCAUCCUGUCAUGGAGGGAAGUGCACGGGUCCAGAACCCCUGGGCCUGUCAGCCAGUCAACCCCAACAGUUGCAGUUCAGCAGUGCUCCUGCCUGAGUCAUCACCUCCCAAAGCUGCUUCCCUUGUAACCACCAACGCUCGUGUUACCACCACGCCUGGUGUAACUGCUGAUGAGUGUAACCCUUGUGCUAGUGCAUUCUGCCCUUUGCUAGGGCCAGCUAAUCCUGUUGCCAUGCCUGUAUGGGACAGGGUUUCGUGUCUGUCGCGUGAUGCCUGGACUGUCCAACAGAGUACAGCCCGUGAUGAGCUGAGAGAAGAUGAGGGGUUGAAAUACAGGCACCUGCAUGCUUCCCACCAGCAGCAUUUCCAGCAGCAGCAGCAGCAGCAGCAGCAGAUGGGGUCGCAGCGUCAGGAGCAGCAGCAGCUGCGGCGAGCUGUUUAUAUGGCGGACUGUGCGGGCAGCAGCCAUAGCUUCAGCAGCAGCAUCAGCAGCAGCAGCAGCAGCAGCAGCAGCAGCAGCAGCAGCAGCAGCACCUGCGCAGUGGGGCUGCCUGCCGGUCAUACAACUCUGCAUGGGGUGGUUGCUGAGGCGCCUCAGCAGUCAAUGGGGCUGUCUGCGUGGUGCACACCUCUACACGGACUGAGUACAACACCAGGCCCGGACAUGAAGACCAGCUGUGCUCUCACCAGCGCUAGCCUGAGCAUGCAUUCCUGCUUUAAGGGGGCCAGCAGCUGUGCCUACCCAGGUCAGUUGAACGGGGUUGAGAGCAACGGCAUGGGCAUGGGCAGCACGGGUAGGCGCUGCUUCACCGAUUCGUGGCAAUGCAGUGAGAUGGGUGAUGCUGGGCAUCGGGCUGAGGAGCAGGUUGGGGGUUUGGUUUCGGUUCCGAGUGGGUGCCUCGAUGAGCUGUACUUGGCCCCAGAUGAGCUGUACCUUACCCCGGAUGACAUCAGCAAGUGUGAGGUCAUGAUUCAAGGUAGCGGGGACCUGGAGAUGAUGUAUGUGCCGGCUGCUGCGAAUGCAUGCAGCAACAUGGAUUCCAUGGUGUUUGAUUGCACAAAGGAGGAGCUCUACAGGGCGCAGAGGGCACUGCAGUGAGGUUGUGGCUCUACGAGCUGAGGGUUCACCUUUCAUCUUAAGUUUACUAUGGCUUGUUUUAGUCUGACUUGUGAAGUGUUCUAAUUUGAACGUUGAUAAGUUUAUGUGUAUUCUCUAAUGGGGGGUGGGUGCUCUAUUUCGCGUUUAGGCUAUAGCACCCUGGUGUUAUAUUUGAGGACAGAAUUUUUUAGAUGUGCAUUA